CGGAACAAGGCUCUGAGCCCGCGUGGAGGGCGGAGCGCGCUUCUCUAGAGGUGGAACCGGUAUCCCAGCGCUCGCGCCUUCUGUGUGCACCCCUUCCUUGCCGGCCGGCACUUUGGGUCCACAGUUUUACCCAAGCCUCGAGACAGUGAGCAGAAUUUGCUGGUAUAACUAGUUCUAAUGGCUGGGAACAAAGGACGCGGACGUGCAGCUUACACCUUUAAUAUUGAGGCAGUUGGAUUUGGCAGAGGUGAAAAGCUACCCGAUGUAGUCCUGAAACCACCCCCACUAUUUCCUGAUACAGAUUAUAAACCGGUGCCACUGAAAGCAGGAGAGGGCGAAGAAUACAUGCUGGCAUUGAAACAGGAGUUGAGAGAAACUAUGAAAAGGAUGCCUUAUUAUUUAGAAACACCUGAAGAAAAACAAGAUAUUGAAAGAUACAGUAAAAGAUAUAUGAAGGUAUACAAAGAGGAGUGGAUACCAGAUUGGAGAAGACUCCCAAGAGAAAUGAUGCCAAGGAAAAAGUGCAAAAAAGCAGGCCCCAAAUCCCAAAAAGCAAAGGCUACGGGCAAAGGCGCGUCACUCACUAAUACUGCAGAUGUAUUGAAAAAAAUCGAGGAAUUGGAAAAGAGAGGUGAUGGUGAAAAAUCAGAUGAGGAAAAUGAAGAGAAAGAAGGAAGCAAAGAGAAAAAUAAAGAAGGCGAUGAUGAUGAGGAUGAUGAUGCUGCAGAACAAGAGGAGUAUGAUGAAGAAGAGCAAGAAGAGGAAAAUGACUACAUUAAUUCCUACUUUGAAGAUGGAGAUGAUUUUGGUGCAGACAGUGAUGACAACAUGGAUGAAGCAACCUAUUAGCUAUGGAAUGUCUCCAAAAAUAUCUUUAUGAUACAGCUUCUAAAUAUUUGGACAGACUUGUUUUCUAUUUCUGAUAAGGAAUGAGUUUUGUAUUUUUGUUCCUGUUUUGUUAGACCAAUAUUUGCUGUCAAAAUACUCGGAACCACAUUGAGUUUACAUACUAGGUACCUUACCAGUUAGUCUCUGAUGCUCUGACAUUCCUUCUCAACACCGUGUCAUGCCUCUUAUGUGUUCAAGUGGAUUUUUUUUUUUGUAUUAUUCAGAUUUGAAUGUGCCUAGAGUUUUUGCAUCUUUUAAUCUAUGUAUUCAUACUUGAACAAAUUAUUGUUUAACUUGAUCUGUUGUAAAACUAGUACUGGU